AAAGCGAAACAUCAAUGUCAAAUGUUAGUACGUAUGAAAGUCAUUUUGUGGUAUAAAUGCUAUGAAGUUAGAUCACACACCGGAUUAGGAAAUAGUUUAAUAAAUUAAACAUUCUAAAUGUUAAGACAAAAAGAUGCUGUCGUUAUUUGGAAAUGCCAGAGGUAGGAAAAAGAAGCCUCAACUUGCCCGAUUACCGAUUCUUUUUAAAAUUCAUCCUAUUAAGCAGUAUAAUCGUAAAGAAUUUUCUAACGACAACGAUCCGGAAUGUUUCCAUCGAGCAAUAGGUUCCAUUUUAUUUUUAUCACAAUUUUUUGGUAUUCUGCCCAUUAAUCAUAUUCGGGCUGUAAAUAUCAAAAAAUUUUCAUUCAAAAGGUUUUCACCUCGAACUAUCUAUUCGUACUGCAUACUUUUUACAAUAUUCAUUAUGACAUUAAUAUCUGUUGUACAUCUAUUGAAGACACUUAACACCGAUAGUUUUCAAACAAAAGGCGGAAUAUCUGACGCUACUAUAGGAGCUGUAUUUUAUGGCAACAGCCUGAUCGGUAAUAUUAUGUUUUUGCGGCUCUGUCCUAGAUGGAUUUCUAUACAAUAUGACUGGAGAGCAAUGGAGCAAAUACUUGAUGAAAAAUGGAAGAAACCCGCUCUACGGUGGAGAUUUACAAUAAUUAGUUGGACGAUCCUAAGCCUCGCCCUUCUGGAACACCUUCUAAGUAUGGUAAAAAAUGUUCCCCUAGCGGACUGGGGAUCCCACAGUUUCGGGGAUUUUAUUUUUGUCUAUACAAAGAAGUCACAUCACUUCAUCAUACAAAACAUCGACUACAAUUUUUUAUUAGGCUUAUUCAUCUUCGUGGUUAGUAAAAUAGCUACAUUCACGUGGAAUUUUACAGACUUAUUUAUAAUGAUAAUUUCAACAGCCAUAGCUGAAAGAUAUAAAUGUUUAAAUGAACGUAUUAUUAGAAUAACACCAGAACGCGUAACAAUUGCUGAUUGGUACAAAUUUCGUCAAAGUUAUGCUAUAUUGAGCACUCUCGUAAAAAAAAUUGAUAAUGAAAUUUCGGGAAUUGUGCUUUUAUCUUUCACUAAUAAUAUAUAUUUUAUUUGCCUUCAACUUUUGAAUGGUUUAUCACCCAACAAUUCAGAAAAUCCAAUAAUGAAUUCCAUUUAUUUCUUCGGAUCAUUUAUAUUUCUAAUUGGGCGAACAACGGCUGUAACGUUAUUAACUGCUCGCAUCAACGAUCAAUGUAAAGUUAUUUUACCAGUUUUAUAUAACUGUCCAUCGAUCAAUUAUUGUCUUGAGGCACAGCGAUUACAAAAUCAAAUUUGUAAUGAUGACGUGGCACUAACUGGACAUCGUUUCUUUUCCAUCACUCGAAAUUUUAUGCUUGCAGUUGCUGGAGCUAUUGUGACAUAUGAAGUUGUUUUAUUACAAUUUAAUAUUGCUUUGCAACGAGAUUGA